GAGGGAGAGAGAACAGAGUGUAGCCUCAUCACUCAUCACUCAGCUCUCUCUCUCUUCCCCAAACCUCAUUCAAUGCGCCGUCCGUACAACGCCGGAGUUGUCAGAUUCCGAUCAGUCUCGAACAUUUUCCGACGAAUGUGUCAGAUUCCGGCGAAAGACCGAGCUCUAUAGCUACACAAUCUCUCCAUUUGUGUUUUUUUUUUCAAAAAUUUUAAAAAAUUGUGUGAAUUUUUUAAUUUGUGAGCGUUGUUUAGGGUUUUGCGGUAAUAGAAAGCGAAUCGUAAGGGUUUGUGUAAUGAAAGCGAUGGAGCAAAGUGAACCAGUGGUUGCGAAGGCCUCGGAUUUCUCGGGUAGGAAGCUUGCGAGACAACUCGAUUUCACGGUGAUGUGUAGGGCUUCGGCGAAUGCGAUAUUGCCUGAUCAUCCUCAAGCGCAAUUACAGUCGAAAUUGCUAGCAUUAGCACGGUCACAAGCAUCACAGCUGCAGUCACAGCCACAAACGGUGCCGCAGUUGCAAAUUCAACCGAGACCGAAACAACCGGUGCCGAUUAUGCCUCGUGUGGCGCAUCAGGGGCGGCCGCAGCCUCGGCCGACAUUGCCAGUAGUCAUGACAGAGUCUCCAAAAUCACGGCAGCGUUGUAACACAGAAGUAAAGGAUGGUACUCCAAAGAAACAAAAGCAGUGCAAUUGCAGAAAUUCUCGAUGCUUGAAGUUGUAUUGUGAGUGCUUUGCUUCGGGGAUCUAUUGUGAUGGUUGCAACUGCACAAAUUGUCACAAUAAUGUUGAGCAUGAUGCCGCUAGGCAACUGGCUGUUGGAGCAACCUUAGAGCGUAACCCAAAUGCUUUCAGACCAAAGAUUGCUAACAGUCCACAUAAAUCACAGGAUGGAAGGGAAGAGGCGGAGGAAGUUUCAGUGGUGGCAAAACACAACAAAGGAUGUAACUGCAAAAAAUCAGGGUGUCUCAAGAAAUACUGCGAGUGCUUUCAGGCCAACAUUCUGUGUUCUGAAAAUUGUAAAUGCAUGGACUGCAAAAACUUUGAAGGAAGUGAAGAGAGAAGGGCUCUUUUCCAUGGGGACCAUGCUAAUUUCAUUUCGCAUGUUCAACAGGCAACCAAUUUAGCAAUUAAUGGGGCUAUUGGGACUUCAGGUCUUGGUACCCCUCCAGCUUCCAAGAAGAGAAAAUAUCAGCAACUCAUUUUUGGUCCAACACCCAGUGAUCAAUCUAUUCUUGGGAUUGAACAGUUUCAACAGGAAAACUAUUUAAGACCUUCUGCUACCUCUUCGUCUCUGUUAUCUGCACCUGUUUCUUGCACUGCUUCAGCGUCUAUGGGAUCUUCUAAAUUGACAUACAGGUCUCCAUUAGCAGAUGUUCUUCGAUCACAGGAUGUCAAGGAGCUUUGCUCACUUUUGGUCAUAGCUUCUGCAGAAGCUACAAAGGUCCUUGCAGACAGAGAGCGAAAAAUGGAUAAACAAGUGGAAAGAGAUCAGCUCGAAGAUUCUGCUGUUUCUUCCGCUCAUCAGGGGAAAAUAGAAGGUAUUGUGCAAACAGCUAUUCCUGAUGACCGUUUGAGUGGGAACCAAGCAGACAUAGCGGAUGAUUCGAUAUCAGAUGGAAGCGAUGCACAAACUAGAAGGCCACUGUCUCCUGCAACAAUUGCACUGAUGUGUGAUGAACAAGAUGCAAUGUUCAUGGCAGUUGGGUCUCCAGAUGCUGCCGCAAGCUGUAGUGGAAACACAACUCUUAAGUCAUCUCAUGGGCAGGGCUUCAUCACAGAGCUUUAUGCAGAGCAGGAAAGGCUUGUCUUGAUGAAGUUCUGGAAAUUUCUCAACAGGCUUAUCACUUGUGGAAGCAUUAAAGAGUCCAUGCAUUCUCCUUUAUCGAAAACCAAACCGGGUAUCCAACAACAACCAUUGGAUGAUAACAUCGUAACAAAAACUGAACCAAGUCACAAGGAGCCCGAUGAAAAUGGCAUGGUUAAAUCUGCUCAUCAAGUUGUUGCUGAAACGCCGGAGAGUGCUGUUGCAGUCCCGUCUGGUGAUAGUUUGUUUUCGAAGGUUGAAUUGUUGCAUCCAAAUGGAAAGAUACAACCAGAGAUCAAGAAAGAGAUGUAGUUAGUACAAAAGUUAUCAACUUACCUCUGAAAUGCAUAGGUAUGAUUUUUAGCUGUUCUUGAUUCUGUCAUAGUAUAGUCUUGUGUCUGAUGUUAGAACUGUUGGUUGAAGUCAUAACGCAACUCAACGAGCUUUUGUCCCAAUUAUUUGGGUCAGCUAAAUUACAACUGACUUGUUGUAUGGUCCAUCAUUAAUAUAUAUUUAUGGUUCAUUUAAAUCAUUUCUCUCA